GCGUUGCCACCAGAAAGAACCCAAAUAGAUAAAGCUUUUAUAAAUGUUGACGUUGAUUUUGCAGGACCAUUUGACGUCAAAGCAUAAAGUGGCAGAACUUGUAAAAUAACGAAAGGUUACGUUUGUGUUUUUGUUUGCUUUGCAACAAAGGCCAUCCACUUGGAGCCAACAUCUGAUUUGUCUACCCAAGCCUUUAUGGCAGCCUUCGCUCGAUUUUUUUCGAGGCGGGGAUGCCCUGUCGCCAUUUACUCUGACAAUGGAACAAAUUUCAUAGGUGCUAGCAAGUUAUUGAAAAAGGAGCGACAGGAAUUUAUUAAACAGCUAAAAGGAUCUGUUACGUCCACUAGCAGUUUUCAGAAUUUGACGUGGCAUUUUAUACCCCCAGGUGCACCACACAUGGGCGGUUUAUGGGAGGCAGGAGUUAAAAGCUUUAAAGCUCAUUUAAAGAAAAUAAAUACCCUAAAAUAUACAUUUGAAGAGCUAGCUACACUCCUUGCCAGAAUAGAAGGAUGCCUAAACUCGAGACCCUUAAGCCCGUCAAGUGAAAACCCUCAGGAUCUUAACCCGUUAACCCCUGGACACUUUUUAAUUGGCUCACCCAUACUUACCCCUGCAGAACCCGACACAAGCAGUGAUAAUAUAACCCUGGCUAACAGAUGGCAAAAAUUAAAGAUACAACAUCAAAACUUUUGUAAAAGAUGGAAAGAUGAAUAUCUUAAAGAGCUCCAUAAAAGAUAUAAGUGGAAAAACCCUACCCGAGAAGUUGAAAUAGGUGAUAUUGUAGUAAUUAGACAAGACAAUUUAGCACCCAAUGAAUGGUUACUUGGACGUGUGACUAAAACAUACCCUGGUUCUGAUGGUAGAAGUAGAGUAGUUGAUUUACAAACUUCAACUGGAACUCUAACACGACCAAUCACUAAAAUUGUUGUUUUACCCGCUAAUUAGUCUAAUACUCUACUCUAAUACUAUUUACUCAAACCCUAACCCAAAAUAACAAUAUCAUCACUAACUAGCUCAACUAACCACCCUAACUAACCCAAAUUUAUUAUGAAUCGUUUAACCCUUCACCCUAACCCACUAACACAUUCAUUACACUUCAUUCAUUCACACAUAAUUUCUUUUAUACAGAAUAUGGCACCCAACAACAACAACAAUCGUAAAGGACGUUCCAACCGUUCCAGCCGCAAUGGAUCUCGGCCCAAACCCAACCGCAAAAAUGAUAAACGUCAACCAAAACGCCAUUUUGGUUGAGGUAUUUGUCAAGCCGAUCACAGCUUGACAAAUUGUCGAAAGUUCCAAAAGAUGAACUUGGCGGAGAAGUACAAAACCGCAGUUAAAUUGCACUACUGCGUCAAUUGUUUGGCGAGGAACCAUCUCAUUGGCGGUUGCAUGAGUAAGGCUCGUUGCCAACAAUGUGGUGGUAAACACCACUCCACCCUGCAUGGUCCAAAUAGGAUUUUAAAGAAUUUAACCCAGGACCAAUCCCCUCCACCAACUCCGGCACCAAGAACUCCACCCACACCAGCUCCAAGACGAUCAUUAGACAUCGUGAAAGUUACAACACCGGUAACAACGUCGAUGAUGAAAACGUUUGUUCCUACAGCAGUUGUGCAGGUAGGAAGUCUGCGGGCAAGGGCAAUACUAAAUCCUUGCUUGACUAAGUCUAGAAUAGCAGCCGUCUUUGUUAGUGAAAGUUCCCUAGCUCCCUUCAAAAUAGACAAAGAGGUGUUUGUGAAGGUGCUAAUUGCACCAAAUUAUUCCUCAAGCCUCCGAUACGAGGUUUGCAUGGAGGUGGUUAAGGAUCUGCCAAAAACCCCAUAUCCAAGCCCCAUGGACGAAACAAUUAAAAGUAAAUUGUGUCGCAUAUCGCUGGCUGACCCGGAGUUUUACUCCAACAACCCAGUCUCCAUGGAAAUUGGUGGAGACCUUUACACAAGCAUCCUACAACCAAAUGUGAUUCACAUUGACGGGGGAUCACUUAUAGCCCAGGAUUCCACCCUUGGUUGGCUGGACAUGGGAUCAUCUACCCAAUAAACACCCACACAAUAAAGUUGCAGGCCCGGGAGGAUGUUCACAUCAGUGAACAAUUGAACGUUACCAUCCCUGAAGUCCAAUAGCACCCACACCAAACUGCAGCCAACUUCAUUUUUAUACGAACGUCAGCUGCAGUUUUUGCCUUUUUACUUACUUCUAAUCAACCUGGCUUACUACCAACAAGUGUGUGCGCUACAGCGAACAAAACAACAAACCCUACAACAGCAAAUCAAAUUUUAAAGUUAAACAAAUAAAUAAUAAACUUAAAUUAUUAAAACUAAAACUAGUGGUAAAACUUAAACCAAGUAUUAAAACCCUAA